AUGGCAGAAGAAGCUGCCAAAAAGUUUGGCUCACUAGCCACUCUAGAGGCCGUGAAGGCUAUACAGGAAAGCACGAAUGUUAUGGCAUCAGAUAGAAAAGGAGAGCGAAUGGAAGUGGACCCAAUAGAAAGCCAACACGAAGCUGAGUUAUUGGCAGAAUUUGAGCGGAGAAGGCGAGCAAGGACUCUUACGCUACCGACCGAUGAUGUUCAGGGUUUCGUAGAAAAGCCAGAUGAAGAAACAACCACGUGGUACCAUCGCGGACCAAUGGCUCUUCGAGCAGCUCGAGUAGCAAUCGCUGACUUUUCAUUGCGCAGAGCUAAGGAAAGGUAA